GCAAUUAGUAUAGUAAAACCAGUGAGUAUUAGCUGCACGGUGGGCAGCCCCGGGGGAGGGGGGGUUAGCACAGGGAGCCCAGGCUCCGUUUGAUGGAUCCAAGGAUCGCCUGGUUUCAGCCAGAGCAGCUCGGCCCCUCUAACAGCCUGUGGAUGCAGAUCUGGCAGACCGCACAAGGCAACCAAAACAGCCCGGCCUCCCCCGCACACAGCGGAUCUUCCAAUAGCUCUUUGGGGUGUGAGGCCACCAUGUACCGGGACGGUGCGUCAGCUCAGGCCUCCUCCAUCAACGCCGCUCAGUCGCUGGCACAACAAGGGGACUUCCUACCCUUGGAGACCACCAACAACAACAAUAACCAGUUGCUGAGCCAAAGCCCAGGGAGGUGGCGGAAGGGACACGAUCACAUCAACCGGAAUAAGAGGAAGCGGGACAAGGCCAGCACGUUUGGACUCAAUUACAGUCUCCUGCAAGGUCCAGCUGGCAACAAUGUAGCCGGGGGCUUGUACAGUGGGACCCCGUGGAAGACCAGGAACUACAGCGACGAGGUCGUUGGCCUCCAUGAAGAGAUCAUCGAUUUUUACAAGUACAUGUCCCCUCGGCCGGAAGAAGAGAAGAUGCGGAUGGAGGUUGUGAAUCGAAUCGAAAGUGUCAUCAAGGAGCUGUGGCCUAAUGCAGAUGUGCAAAUAUUUGGAAGCUUCAAAACAGGACUUUAUCUUCCUACUAGUGAUAUCGACCUUGUGGUUUUUGGGAAGUGGGAAAAUUUACCCCUUUGGACUCUGGAAGAAGCACUUCGGAAGCACAAAGUAGCGGAUGAGAACACAGUUAAAGUUCUUGACAAAGCCACCGUGCCGAUCAUUAAGCUGACUGAUUCUUUCACUGAAGUUAAAGUAGACAUCAGUUUUAAUGUGCAGAAUGGAGUUAAAGCAGCUCAGCUCAUCAGGGAUUUUAUCAAGAAAUAUCCGGUCCUUCCUUACUUGGUACUGGUUUUAAAGCAGUUCUUGUUACAGAGAGAUCUCAAUGAAGUGUUUACUGGUGGAAUAGGUUCUUACAGUCUCUUUUUAAUGGCUGUCAGCUUCCUACAGUUGCACCCACGAGAGGAUGCCUGUAGUCCUGAUGCCAACUACGGAGUCUUGCUCAUAGAGUUCUUUGAGUUGUACGGAAGGCAUUUUAACUAUCUGAAAACUGGCAUACGAAUAAAAGACGGGGGAUCUUACGUAGCCAAGGAUGAAGUUCAGAAGAGCAUGUUGGAUGGUUACAGGCCGUCCAUGCUGUACAUCGAAGAUCCUCUGCAGCCUGGCAAUGAUGUGGGCCGGAGCUCGUAUGGAGCCAUGCAAGUGAAGCAGGCCUUUGACUACGCUUAUGUUGUUUUAAGCCAUGCUGUUUCACCCAUUGCCAAGUACUAUCCCAACAACGAGUCCGAAAGCAUCUUGGGACGGAUUAUUCGAGUGACUCAGGAAGUGGUCGCUUACAGAGACUGGAUAUCCAAACAGUGGGGACAACACAAUCGCUCUGAGCCAGCAUAUAACGGAAACGAAGUGACGUUUAUCGUGGAUGUUCACCACCAUUUGGACAAGUGUAACAAUAAUGUGUCCGAACAGAGAGCUUCUGUAGGGCAAGCCAAAAAUAAGAGCUCCGAAACCCUCAGCAAACACUCCAAUUCAUCUGGUCCGCUCUCCUCCUGCUCCUCCACCCUUUCCAGCUCCAGUGACGCGAAGAAAGUCAUUAAACGUCUGUGCAUUCAGGACUCAGACGGAACUCCGGUCAAGACCCCGAAGCAGCCGAGCUUCAGGCAAACCAGCGAUAGCCGAACAUGUUCUCAGGAGCCCUGCGUCAACUCGUCGCAGCCCGGCGGCAAACUGCAAGUCGGCCAGAGCAUCAGUUCUUCAAACAGUGGCAACAAAGCCCAGUACGGUACCCCCCGAUUAUUCCGUUCCUCCUCUGCCAGCAAAAACUUUCAGAGUCAGCCCAACACGAGUCAAGGCUCGUCUGCCCCGAGCAGGCAUCCGCAGGCUGGCAAAGCACAACACCAGCACUACCACAGCAAGAAACGGAAGCACAAGCGGGAGACUGACUUGUGCCGAUAGCUGAUCCGGGACUCGCUGGGACUCUCCCUGCGUUGUGUUUUGCAACCUAACACUUCCAGAGCCACAAGCAGGGUUUUAACUCUCCCAAAAGCAUCGGAACUUGCUGGUUUUUUUUCCUUUUCGUUUUCCCAGCUGGCCAUGGAAUGGAUCAUGAAGAU